GUUGCUGUUAAACUCAAUCGAGAAUGCUGUAUUCCCGGUCAUCAUGAAAGUCAGCGAAAGCAUGUUACGCUGUUUAUUUGCUAUAAUUUACUACAGUUCCUCCUACGGCUCGACUGCUUUACAGCUGAAAACUAUUUACUGCACAAUAUCCGAGAGCUGUGAGUGUGCUUUUAAACCAGAUGUACAAGGUUUGGAGUGGGACCUGUAUAAGAACCUGUACGGACAGCACCUUGCCCAGGAAAUAGUGUCUGAAGCAGUGGUUGGUUUCCUGCAGAAGGAUAAUCCUGACAUGCCACUGGUGUUGUCUUUUCAUGGGGCGUCUGGGACAGGAAAAACAUUUGUCACCUCAAUCUUGGGCAGACAUUUGUAUGGAGCAGCAAUGAGCAGCCCCUACAUCCAUCAAUUCAUCCCAACCCUGCACUUUCCCCUGCUGGACCGAGUCCAGGAAUAUAGGUCUGCACUAAAACGCUGGGUGGAGGGAAAUCUUACAGCCUGUGCUCGCUCUAUAUUCAUCUUUGAUGAAAUGGAGAGGAUGCCUCCUGGUGUGAUUGAUGUCCUAGUUCCAUUCCUGGGCCCCUCACAUGUCGUGUUCCAGACCAACUAUCGCAAGGCCAUUUACAUAUUCAUCAGCACUGCUGGACAGGAGGUCAUAAACAAACUGGCCCUGGAGACAAGGCAGGCAGGAAAGGAACGAGAGGAUAUCCAGCUUGGGGACUUGGAGACUUCCCUGGCGCAGGCUGUGUUCCACAACAAGAACAGUGGAUUCUUCCAGUCAAGGAUUAUUUCUGAAAAGUUGGUUACUUGCUUGGUUCCCUUCCUGCCUCUGAGCCGAUGGCAUGUGAAUCGUUGUGCCCGUCGGGAGCUAUGCCAACGUGGCCAAUGCCAGCGCAGGGACAUUGUUGAAGCUGUGGGGAGUUCACUGACCUACACACUGGAGAAUGGCCAAUUCUUCUCGAACACUGGCUGCAAAUUGGUCCCAGCCAAAGUGAACCUCUUCCUAUGACCAUGGCCCAGUGAUCCAAACUGUUUUUCAUCCAAGUUACGAAAGUGGGGUUCACUGAAUAUGCACAAGUGGGGUUUUUGUCACUUAAAUUACUGACCUGGAGCCUUUGAUUGGACAGGAAUUUAUUGAUCAACCUUACUUGAUUGAUGCAUGUGUUCAUCAGCUAUCUUUCAUUGGAUAUAUAUAUAUAUAUAUAUAUAUAUAUAUACAUCCUUCCAAAAAAGGAGCAGCGUAGUUUACAGCAUUGAAGAUAGACUAUUGUAAAUGAUUACAUACGCUACAAUUAAUAAUAAAGCACUCCACUUCUAAGAAUGAUUUUUGGCAAUAUGUUUGCAAAAAAAAAAGCUAAAUCUUUUUAUGCCAUGCAAUUAUUUAUUUUUCCUUUCCAUUUUAAUGAACAAAUAAAAGACAUUUCAUUUUUGAAA